UCAGUCAACGUUUCUUAUCACCCGGUUUUGAAAUAAAAAUUUAGAAUUCAAUUUCAGUCCAAUUUUCAUUUAAAUUUUAUAUAUUGGAUGAUUUUUUCUAACAUGAAUAACAUCCGUGUUAAAAGAUACUCUCAGGUUUUGAGAUUCUGCAGGAAACAUUAUUCCACCAGCUUCGUCACGACACCAAUUUUCUAUGUAAAUGCUGCUCCUCACAUAGGUCAUCUUUACAGCGCAGUUAUAACAGAUGCAUAUCAUCGAUUUGAGGCUCUACGAAAUCCGGAUAAAAACGCCAUUUUCAGCACUGGUACUGACGAACACGGGAUAAAAGUCCAACAAGCAACCGGAAACAAGGAUCCGAUAGCGAUAAAGAAAUAUUGCGAUACAAUCUCCACCAAAUACAAAGACUUAUUCGACUUAUGCGGUAUAAAUUACACCCAUUACAUCCGUACAACCGACUCGGAUCACAAAACCGCUGUACAAACAUUCUGGAAAGAGUUAUUUUCAAAAGGAUUCAUAUACAAAGAUCACUACAGCGGUUGGUAUUGCGUACCUGAUGAAAUGUUCCUCACCGAGAAUCAACUUGUCACCAAAGUAGAAAACGGACGCGAAAUAAAAGUAAGCGAAGUAUCAGGACAUCCGGUAGAAUGGAACGAAGAAGAAAACUAUAUGUUUAAACUGAGCAAGGUGAAAUCGGAUGUGCUGCAUUGGUUAAAAGACGAAACGAAAGUUACCCCUUCGAAAUUCCACAAACAACUUCUGGUAUGGUUGAAUGAAGAUAAUGGAUCUUUCGAUAUCUCUAUUUCCAGACCAGUUUCUCGUAUACCUUGGGGUAUCCCUGUACCAGAUGAUAAUUCGCAGACAGUAUACGUUUGGUUGGAUGCUUUGGUUAAUUACUUGACCGUUGCCGGAUACCCAAAUAUUAGAACUUGGCCUCCGACGGUGCAAGUUGUCGGCAAAGAUAUACUCAAAUUCCACGGUAUUUAUUGGCCCGCGUUUCUGAUAGCUGCUGGUUUAGAACCUCCUAGGAAACUAUUCGUUCAUUCGCACUGGAUGGUGAACGAUGAAAAGAUGUCCAAGUCUAAGAACAAUGUCGUGAAUCCGUUCGAAAAAAUCGAUCAGUUUACCUCCUCCGGUUUCAGGUAUUUUUUACUCAAAGAAGGUGUUCCUCACAGCGAUGGAAAUUAUAGCGAGGCUCAAGUGAUCAACAUGUUGAAUGCAGACUUGGCCAAUACGCUUGGAAACCUGUUGAACAGAUGUACCAGUAAAUCGGUGAACUUGCAACAGGUGUAUCCGUCCUUUGACUCGUUACGUUUCGAUGAAAUGCUCAGAAAUCAUCACGAUACGCUGAAAAGUUUAUCAGAAAGUGUUUGCUCGUUACAACACGCCAUUUCGCAGCCGUAUCAAGAUUUACAUUUUUAUAAAGGUAUUUACGAAGUGCUCAACGUAUUAUAUUUAGCUAACAAGUUUUUCGAAGAAUGUAAACCGUGGGAAAUGAAGAAAUUUCCCGAAGAAGCUGCCAAUCUUUCGGCUGUCUUGCAUGUAACUAUGGAAGUUUUAAGAAUAUGUGGUAUUGCUCUUUUACCCAUUGUGCCUGAAAUUUCACACCAGUUGUUCCAAAAGCUCAAUGUUUCCUCGAGUAGAACUGGUUGGAAGAAUAUGAAACCGAGCUGGGCUGAUGUUUCUAGUCAAUGUGAAGAUAUUCCUUUAACUAACGAAUCGAUUGUGUUGUAUAGAAAAAUUGUCAAUAAAUAGGGGUUUUUGUGUU